AGUUGGCAGGUCUCCUCCCCUUCCUGCACUUGAGCUCUUCACAGUGUGCGCUCUGGAAUGACAGGCAUUCCUGUGUGCGGAGAGCCAGAGUGAAGACAUAUUUGUACGAACCCCAAGUGUCCAGGCCGGGAUACGGGGAGCAGAAACUCCAGCAGAUUAACUGACCUCAUGCCGUUUCCUGAUGUCUGGCAGUAACACUGAGAGAGGAGUGCCUGUCCCCUCUCGAUGUGGAUUUAUCUUUUAAGAAAAGUUUUCUUUGGUCCGGGGCAGUUGGUUGUCGUGAGACACAUCAGACAAUUUAAUCAUGGGGCAAGCUGACGUCUCCAGACCGGUAAAUCCAGAUGCAGUUGAGGAAGCAAGUCAGCCCACCGCAGACCCAGGCAUGGUCAUGGACAGUGUGGAAGCAGGAGACACGACGCCUCCCACCAAAAGGAAGAGCAAGUUCUCAGGCUUUGGCAAGAUCUUCAAGCCCUGGAAAUGGCGGAAAAAAAAAAGUAGUGAUAAAUUCAAAGAGACAUCAGAAGUUUUAGAGCGAAAAAUAUCUAUGCGAAAACCGAGAGAAGAGCUGGUUAAAAGAGGGGUUCUCUUGGAAGACUCUGAGCAGGGUGGUGAGGAUCUGGGGAAAUUGAGCCAUGCCAUGUUAAAAAAUGGCCAUACUACUCCCAUAGGAAGUACCAGAUCUUCUAGUCCAGACCAAGAAGAAGAGUCAGGAAGAACAGCAAGUCUUAGGAAGCCUGUUCCAGAAGAGGACCGAAAGAAGCGACUAGGCUCAACGGGAAGCCAACCUAAUUCCGAAGCAGAAUCCAUUCCUGAGAACGCACACAGACAGCCUUUACUUCCCCCGAAAAGACCCCUGUCCUCUUCUCAUGAAGCAAAUGAAGGGCAAGCAAAGGAUGCCACUUCUGGCAGCGGGGCCAGGCCUGUCACCUCCACCCCCGCUGCAGCCCCCACCGCAGCGCCCGCUGCCUUGAGCCCAGCAAAAACUGCUAAUUCCUCCGUCACCCCAGCCCCAGCACCCAGGACUCUGCCUGCUGCUCCCACAGGCACUAAUGCCACCACUGCCCCAAGCCUCACUCACACGGUCCCUGCCAAGCAGCCCCCUCUCCCGCCCCCUAAACCAGCUCACAGAAAUAGCAACCCUGUCAUCGCUGAACUGUCCCAAGCAAUAAACAGCGGUACACUCUUAUCAAAACCAUCCCCACCAUUACCACCUAAGAGAGGCAUUCCAUCAACCUUGGUACCCGCCUCGGAGUCUGCCACCACAAGAGCACUGAGUGAUCAGAGAGAAAGGAACACAUGCUCUGUGGACUCUGAACCACUGUUGAUGAUCCCACCUCCCUCUCCAUCGCCCCCACUGCCUACUCAUAUACCUCCCGAACCGCCACGAUCCCCUCCUUUCCUUGCUAAGACUUUCCAAGUUGUGCCAGAAAAUGAGUUUCCAUCUUCCUUAAACCUGCCUCAGGAGGUAUCCCAGCAGGAAGAUCAGAAAAAGGAGGCACCCAAGAGGAUGUUGGACCACAGCUUUGGGGAGCCCCAUGUACCCUGCAGGCUGCCUCCACUCCCACUGCAUAUCCGAAUCCAGCAGGCCCUGACCAGCCCGCUUCCCAUGACUCCUCCCUUGGAGGGCUCUCAUAGAGCUCACUCCUUGCUCUUUGAGUAUGGUGACAGCUUUUCUGAGGACAGCAGUACCCUGGGUCGGACCAGGUCACUUCCCAUCACUAUUGAGAUGCUGAAAGUUCCAGACGAUGAAGAAGAAGAGGAACAAAACCACCCAUCUGUAUGCGUUGAAGAUGUGGCAUCUACCUCACUUGUUCCUAAACUACCACGGUGUCUGCAGGAGGAAGAGGAAGAGAAGGAGAGUGACUCUGAUUCAGAAGGUCCCAUUCAGUACAGAGACGAAGAGGAUGAAGAUGAGAGCCAUCAUAGUGCUCUGGCCAACAAAGUGAAAAGGAAGGACACACUGGCAAUGAAGUUGAACCACAGACCCAGUGAACCAGAGUUGAACGUGAAUUCCUGGCCUCGGAAAAGCAAAGAGGAGUGGAAUGAAAUAAGGCACCAGAUUGGGAACACGCUGAUCCGACGGUUGAGUCAAAGACCGACACCGGAAGAACUAGAACAGCGAAACAUACUACAACCUAAAAAUGAAGCUGAUCGGCAGGCCGAAAAACGAGAAAUUAAACGUCGGCUCACUAGAAAGCUCAGUCAAAGGCCGACUGUGGCUGAACUACUUGCCAGGAAGAUCCUGAGGUUUAAUGAAUACGUGGAGGUGACAGAUGCUCAGGAUUAUGACAGGCGAGCCGACAAACCCUGGACCAAACUGACCCCUGCUGACAAGGCUGCCAUACGAAAAGAAUUAAAUGAAUUUAAAAGCUCAGAGAUGGAGGUUCAUGAAGAGAGCAAACAUUUUACACGCUACCAUCGUCCUUGACACUGAAGUCUGAGAGAACAACUAAACCUCCCAACACAGGACUGCUUGGCUGCUUCAGUCUCCAGAGUGAUGUGGAAGGAAUUUCUGCACUUCCCCACACAGCCAGGGUUGAGUCCUCUGGGAUGUGGCUCCCGGCGAACAGCACUUCUGUGAACGUAGCAUUUCACUGGAAUGGGUAGUCGUGUGCUGCUCUGGGCAAGACUGAGCAUCUUUCCAGUGCCGUUGAACCCUGUGAUGCCGCAGCAUACUUGUGGGUUCCUCCUCACCAGCCACCCACACUCCGGGCCACCCGCACCCUCACCCCAAGAUGACUGCCUGUGCGGGGGCACAGUUUGCACCGUUCGCCUUACCUGCUCCGUCCUGGUUGGGAGAGCCCCUUGUGCAGGCACCAAAUUCCAGCUGUCAGAUCCAGCUGGUGGUGGGAAGAACCUUCUGGAGGCCCCCAGCCUUCUGGCAAAAGGGCCCCCACCUCCAGGGCACGCCUCCACACCACAUUGGCACGUCCGUUGAAAACAGCGUACUAUACCUCUGGUAACACAGCAAUACAGGCCUCUUCCAGGGAUCAGGCCUCAGAGAAGCUCAGGAUCUGACAUGUUCUUCCUUUUCAGCACAAGUCAUCCUGAUUUUUAUUUUUAAAGUUUGAGAGAAAAAAAAAAAAAUCUUGAA